AUGGUCAUGGAGAAACUCUUGGAAAAGCUGCGUUGUCGCACCAUUUCAGUCUCUAACGGAUCUGAAGCAGUACGCUACUCGAUGAGUGACAUCAAGUUUGACAUCAUCUUCCUCGAGUACCGGUUGCCACAAAUCAACGGUGCAGAUGUUGCACGCAUGAUUCGAGAGACGAAGAAUACGAACUCACACACCCCUAUUGUUGCGAUCACAGCAUAUCUGAAGGAGUUGCAGGCGCCGCACUAUUUCGACUCGCUGAUCGAGAAGCCGAUUUCAAGCUCGAAACUGUCGGAGGUGCUCAAGAAUCUUUGCCGAUGGAAGCCCCAGUCACCAGGGCAGAGUCAGCCUCUACUCCUGCCUCACCCUGCACCAUCAGGUCUGCGCAGAGCCAACUCGCGCUUCGACGACAGCCCAACAUCAAGCUCGUCCCUGUUCGCAGGUCAACCGGGCAGCAGUGUGGUCACCUCAAGCCGGGAAGACUCGAUCAGUUCCAGCAUGUUUGGAGACUCGGAGUCGGUGACCACCGAUGAGGUUCCCGUCGUCAUCAGUCGCAAGGCUACAGGUGAAUGGGAUGGCGGGGGCCUGGGCAUUCGCGAAGAGGAGCUCCUCACAGCCAAUGAGUCUCACAAGACUCAUCCGCACUUGCUCACGCAGCAUUCGGCACCCGCUCAAAUCGAACAAUCCUUGAAGCCUGUGCCUUCGCAACGACUGGGCGAGAAGUCAAGGGUCAAAAAGGAGGGAGUCGAUAAACGCACAACUGAAGGCACCGAUUCGGCAGACGAUGAAGAUGACGAGCUGGGUCUUGCGCGCGAAAGUAAGCCCUUCCGGGUGAAGCCGCUGCUACCGAGUUCGAAGCUUGGAAUAGAGAUGAUGCGCGCCGACAGCCACGAUAGCGUUGCGCUGGGGUCAGAGAAUCUCCCAGAACCAAUCACACAGGUGGUAACACCAUCCAAGGAAUUGGGAGCUCCGCCGCUCGACGCGGUGCCGGGUUCGACGUCGCAGACAACGCCACCCAACACGGCGGGGUUGGCGGGUAGCACUACGUCGCUUGGGAUUGACGAGACGCCGCGGCCAAACGCUGUGCAACGUGGGUCCAGCGGGGAAGAAGGCGAGCCAACGCCACGGCCGACGGAAAAGACGGGACCACUCAUGGGAUAA